UUUAUUUACUUUUUAAUUUAUCUUUUUAUUUUUUAAUCGUAUUAUACCUAGGAUUUUGUAAACUUUGCGAUUUGAAUAAAGUAGAUGAGUUCCACCUCCUGCUAGAGUGCAAAGCAUAUGAUUCAACAUGUUAUCCCUUCAGAGGGCAGCUGUCAGAUUUCCUACCCCUAGGCGACUUCAGCUUUAAUGAACUGUUUAAUUUUCUUAUGGGUGCUCAAGACUUAAAUAUUCUUAGAAUGGUUAUGCGUUUUGUAAAUAGAUGCUUCCAACAAAGGGAACAAACCCUCUCUUAAUACAUUGUACUCUUUUCAGUGUAUGUAUUUAAAUUCAUCGCCUGUAGAUUAUCAUUACACAUUUUAUAUAUAUCACUUUCUAAACUCAUUUAUUAGUAUUAUUAUACAUUUACCUAAUUGGGUCUAAAUGCGUUUCCACGUCCUGCAAAUUUACGUAUCUGUAGCUGGAGUUGUCUGUUUUACCUCUAUGAUUGUACUUCGGCCCUUUUUUAAACACGUAUUCAUCUAUAUCGCAUCAAAAUCAUGUAUAUUUAUUAAUUUACUUGUUUGUACUCUGCUAUAGUUAGAUGUACUGUCUUUGAUUGUACCUCAUUUGUGAAGGUGUAUCAAUAAAGAAUCCCUAGGGAUAUAGCAUACAUGUAUAUUUUCCUAGAUAUUUUACUGUAAAACUACAUCCUAUAAAAAUAUUCACUGAAAUAUCAAGUGAUGCAUUUUUUAAAUUCCAUGAGUAUAUAUUAUGGGCGUGCCUUGGUAUGUCCAUAUACAAACAUGGGCAUCGCAUGCAGGACAUUUCACAAGAAUGUAAUUCUACCACCCUCAUUUGCAUAUGAGAUCACGUGAGAUGCAAAAAGCUUCCCAGAGGUCAAUGUACAGUUUACUUCUGGAAGUCAUCGGACGCGAGUUUUUAGCUGUAAGAAAAUCUUCAUUCUGAUUUAUAUUUUGGACUAUAUUUUGGACUAUAUUACAAUAGAGAGAUAGCAAGCAACUUGCUACCAUCUCUGAUUACUUUGUUUUACUACCUUUCGAGCGGUAGAUUACGUUCCCACACGCUGUUCCAAUUCAGUGUUCGUGGUGAACAGCGGAGAACAGCUUUUAGACAAAGGGACCAUAAGUAGGUCACCGCCAUGGCUGAAUCUACAUCAGCAACUGAUGUGGUCAGUUCAAUAAUAGAGGACAUGGAUAAGACGCGCUCAAGAAGCGACAGCAAAUUAGAGAAAGCGAGCGGCAGUAAAUCUGCCAGUGGAAAGAGGGAUGGCGGCAAGAAGCAGAAAGAGAAAGAUCGCCAAACACCACUGCUCGCUACUGGUACGGCAAAGAUGGGGACGACCACUAGGUCCCAAGACAGGGCCGUCUCCGAUACUGGAGCAACAAAACCUAAAGAGGUUAUUUUUUCUCUUAAAGAGCUUGAGAGCUCAGGCCCCGCCUCAGAUGAGGUCGGUUACAGCGGUGGUUCACACAAAGAUGGCGCCGAAAAUACAUGUCAGACGCGGGAGUUACAGGCGCAGAUAGACACGCUGACAAAAGCGGUGUCCACAAUUUUGCCAGUGGUGCAAAGAAUAAGUGCAAACAUGGGUGCACAUGAUUCCUCGGAUGAGGAUGAUAAUAUACACGUCGAAGAUGAAGACGAUCUCGACGAGUCACGUGACCACACAACAGCGGGAAAUGAAGCCACAGCUGGCAACGACGACUUGCUGGCUCUGCUCUCACAGUCGCUUAAAACGAAAGAAGCAUGCGGCCCGGCUGUAGACGCGGAAUUGGCAGAGAAAAUCGACACUAUGAUGUCAACUGGUAUUUCUGACCAGCGGCUGACCGAAGUGAAGGAAAAAUACUUAAGACCGGAUAACUGCCAGUAUUUGGUUGUGCCGCAGUGUCAGCGCGAGGUUUGGACUGGCGCAGGUGAGAUCCUACGUAACCGAGAUUUGAAAUUACAGAGAGUGCAGGGGCCUCUCGUGAAAGGCAUGACAUGCCUUACUGAAGUAAUGAACAGCCUCAUGGGAGCAGUGAGGGAUAAAAAUGACAUGCCAUCUGGACGAGAAUUGUUAGAGAAGCUCUCGGACUGUUUAUGCCUGCUAGCAGGCUCCAAUGCCGAAAUUAACUUGCGUCGGAAAGACGUAUGGAAAACAGAAAUGCCGGACAACACCAAGGGUCUCUGUGCAGCCUCCAGGCCUGUCACGAAUUUCCUUUUUGGUUCUGAUUUGUCAACCGCAGUGAAAGAAUUAACAGAAACACAUAAAAUGACAACCCAAUUCAAGAGAUUUACUCCCUCUUUCAAAAGGUUCAGUCCUUACAAUAAGCCCCAUGCCAACAGACAGGGAAAGCUGACGUCACACCACCAGAGCCAGAGGCCUUUUUUAGGGCACAGAGGCAAGAGCUCGCAGAAGCAGAGCGGCAAGUCAGGCAGUUGGAGUUAUGGCAAACAAGGCCGCAAGCCACCCAACACCAAGGGUCAGAGUCACAACUGGUACUAGGGCCAGUAUUCACAUCGUGUUAUUCCAGUUGUGUUAAAGAAGAUCAGAGAGGAAAGAGCAGAGGCUAUACUGGUGGUGCCACAAUGGCCAACACAAGUGUG